AUGAAGAUUGAACAUAAACAUAAGGCUAUGUGGGCGUUGAAGAAAUUAAACAUAGAUUGGGAAGAGGCGACCAAGCUCAGGUUGUUUCAACUCAAUGAGAUAGACGAAUUCCGGUACCAGGCAUAUGAAAGUGCAACACUUUAUAAAGAGAGAAUGAAGCAGUAUCAUGAAAAUAAAAUCCUAAAGCGAGAAUUCUACAAUGGUGAUCCUGUCUUGCUGUUUAACUAUCAAUUGAAACUGCUACCGAGUAAGCUUAAGCCAAGGUGGUCCAGUCCGUUCGAGAUGGUAAGUGUUUCACCCUAUAGGGCGCUUGAAUUGAAGUCCAGAGAUGGAACUCGAACAUUUAAGGUGAACGGGCAGAGGGGGAAGCACUAUCAUGAAAUGGUUGAUGGAGAUAGAAUUUUUGACCGAUACCGGUUGAAGCACCUUGGAACGAAUGUUGACUCAACGUGUCAGACCAAGAGUAAAUUGGCAACACUGUCAUACUGUGAUGUAAAAUCAAGCGCUUCUUGGGAGGCAACCCAUGUGUAA